CACUUCCUCCCACACACACAUUCUCUCAAGAUUUCCCCCUUUCUCUCUCAUUAUCACACGUGGCUAUAAAAUCCAGGGAGAUUCUCCUUUCCCCCUCCCCCCCAAUGAUCAGCUCUCUAAUUGCCUCUGAUUUUCCCUUUUCUCUCCAUACUUCUCAAAUGUCAAUUUAAAAUCUCUCCGAUGGGGGGUGGAUUUUCCCACCCAUUUUAUCUGCAGCGAUUUGUCCUUGUUUGGGUGGGAAAUUGUUGCCCUGGGUCAUUCCCCAGAACAUGGCUCCCACUGGAGUGGGAUGGGAUGAGGUUCCCGUUCUCUGCCAGGGCAGGGAAGGGAAGGGAGGAGCACAUCCCCCAUGGAGACUGCCCAGACCCCAUUUCCCAAUUCCCCUGCGGCCCCCUUCCAUUGUCCAGGGAGCCUUCCAGUUCCCCCCCGCCCUUAAAUCAGCUCCUCAAAGGGCUCUGAGCUGCUCACGUGAAUGGUUGCCCCGUGGCCGGGGGGGACCAUCACAUUCUGUUUAUGUAUUGGACAGUCAUAUAAAAUCCAGUCCAACAGUCCCCCUUUUCCACUAGUUAUUUAAUAGCAACAUCAAAUCCCCUCCGAUCUUGGUGGUUUUCUCUCAUGUUAUCAAAUGUCGUUUGUGACAGGGUUCUCUCUGCGUGUCUCAAAGAUUGAUAUAAAAUACCCCAAACAUUUGCCCCACUUCUCUCUAGUUGUUUUAUUUCUAAUUGAAUAUGAUGGGUUGUUUCCCAAUGUGCUAAGAUGCAGCCGCCUCUGGGGUGGAUCCAUGGUGGCCAUUAUUUGCUAGUGACAGCCCGUGGAUCUUUCUUGCCCUCCAGGCCUUCCAUUCUCCUGUUAAAGAAGCACUCCCCAGGCUCCCUCUGCCUGUGUGACUGGCCAGCAGGAGGUGGUGUUAACUUUCUAGCCACUUCUCACACUCUGUGAGACAGGCUGCAGAAUGUUUUGCUCCAGCUCAUCCCAGCCUGGCGUGGGACAGGGAAGAGAAAUGGCUGCAGUGGAGUCAGUCCAGGGGCUGGUGACCUUCAAGGAGAUGGCUAUGUAUUUCACCAGGGAAGAGUGGGCUCUGCUGGACCCCACUCAGAGAGCCCUCUACUGGGAUGUCAUGCAGGAGAACUAUGAGACUGUGACCUCGCUGGGCCAGAGAAUAACAUCCAUGUUUCGCUGCAGAUCAUCUCGUCCUCCCAGGGGCAAGGAAAUGGCUGCAAUGGAGCUGGCUCAGGGGCCGGUGACCUUCGAGGAGGUGGCUGUGUAUUUCUCCAGGGAAGAGGGGACUCUGCUGGACCCCACUCAGAGAGCCCUCUACAGAGAUGUCAUGCAGGGGAACUAUGAGACGAUGGUCUUGCUGGCGGAGUUUCUGGUUUUCCAACGUGAUAUGAUCUCCCAGCUGGAACAAGGGGAAGAGCCAUGGGUCCCAGAGCUCCAGGGUUCAGAGGAAAGAGAGAUCCUGAGAUCUCCCCGCACAGAUGAGGAAACAUUAAACCAACUCAGAAUCUGUAAGUGCCUGAAGGAAACAUCUAGGAUGCCCUACAAAGCUCUUGGGAAGUCUCUCAGUUCAUUAUUGUCCAUAGCAGGGGUCGCAUCCGCAGGGUAAAUAUAGCUCAAGGCUUCCUAUAGAUGCUAGCAGACACCGGGCAGUAGCUUUCUCCCUUCCCCCUGUGAAGUUGGAUGGGAUGUGAAGGCUGAAUUGAUCCCCUCCUCUCUCCUGUUGGGGGG